CUGGCCAAACUGCUGUGAGGUCACGUUGGCGCUGGAAACUCAUUAAACCGCCAGACCGAUGGAAUUCGAAGGGAAAAAUGUAAUUUCCAAGGAACCGCGCGGUCCCAGCUGGGGGACAUACAUCAGCUAACAGGCGGGGAAAAGCGUCAGAGAGCAAAAUGAUGGUAAAUUGAGAGUUGGGAACUGCCCCCCUAUUAAGGAGCCGGCGGUGGAAAGAAUCUUCCCACUUGGAAGGAAGCUUUUCCUCCUUGGACAUCUGCUGACAAGAGAGAAGGUGCACACAAGGAGGCUGCACGCAAAAGGCUCUUCCCGAUUCUCAUCGUUCCAUCUUUUGGCUUCUGCAUUAGACCAUUGAUGCCCUGCUGACCCCUGAGGUCCAAACAUGAAGACAGGGCUGUCUCUGGCCAUAGCUGCCUUAUUUGCAGCUCUGAUAUCCUCCAUCGAUGCUCAAGUGGAUCCACCCUCGGACUUGAACUUUCAAAUUCUAAAUGAGAACACAGUAGAAAUGUCUUGGGUAAGGCCCUCGACAAGGAUAGAUGGCUUCAGAAUACAAAUUGUUUCAGAGGCAGAUGAACCGACAAGAGACUUUGCCCUUAAUGCGUAUACUACGACCACGUCAAUCACUAACCUGACCCCUGAUUUGGACUACUCAGUGUCCAUUAACUCCUAUUAUGGAUCUGAGGAGAGUAUUCCCAUCUUUGGUCAACUCACAAUCCAGUCCAGUAACUCCAGUGGACGUGUUAGGAGGCCACCGUCAGAUGCAAUCAAGUGCUCGGUCAGUGCAAUCGCAGAUUUGGUGUUUCUGGUGGACGGCUCAUGGAGCGUGGGCAGAGAGAACUUCAAGCAUGUCCGUAAUUUUAUCGCUGGCCUGGCCGGAGCCUUUGACAUUGGCGAGGACAAAACCAGAGUGGCUGUGGUACAAUACAGUACAGACACUCGCACAGAAUUCCCUCUCACACGUUACACCAGGAGAGGAGACUUGAUCCAAGCCAUCAACUCGCUGCCAUACAAAGGAGGAAAUACCAUGACAGGUGAUGCCAUUGAAUAUUUGCUGCAAAACAUCUUUACGGAGGAAGCUGGAUCCAGGAAAGUUUUUCCAAAGAUAGCCAUGAUCAUUACUGAUGGAAAAUCCCAAGAUCCAGUGGAGGAGCAUGCUAGAAGACUUAGGAACAUUGGAGUGGAAAUAUUUGUCCUAGGUAUCAAAGGUGCAGAUGAUGACGAGCUUAGAGAAAUGGCUUCCACUCCAUAUGGCAAACAUGUGUACAAUGUGCCCAAUUUUGAUAUGAUCCAAGAUGUCCAGAGAAAGAUCAUCACAGAAGUGUGCUCUGGUGUUGAUGAGCAGCUCAGUGUUCUCGUCAGCGGUGAAGAAAUGGUGGAGCCAGCCUCCAACUUGCAGGUGACCGAAAUUGCAUCAAAGUCAAUGAGGGUCACGUGGGAUGCCUCAAGGGGAGAUAUCUCAGGAUAUAAGCUCGUGCUUCUUCCCAUGUUGCCUGGCAUGAAUCGUCAAGAGUUGUACAUUGGCGCUACACAGACGUCCAUCAAUGUUCGUGACCUCUCUCCUGAGACUGAGUACGAGAUAAGUCUGUAUGCCCUCAAGGGCCUGACACCCAGUGAACCCAUUAUGGCUAUGGAGAGGACACAGCCUAUUAAGGUGACAACAGAAUGUUCUCUGGGAGUAGAUGUGCAGGCUGACGUGGUUCUACUUGUGGACGGCUCGUACAGUAUUGGAUUACAAAAUUUUGCCAAAGUCCGUGCCUUCUUGGAGGUACUCGUCAAUUCCUUUGACAUUGGCCGGGGCAAGGUCCAGCUUAGCUUGGUCCAGUACAGUCGAGAUCCACACACUGAGUUUGCCCUCAACACCCAUCAUGACAUUAAUGCGGUCGUUAAAGCUGUGCGCACUUUCCCUUACCGCGGAGGCUCCACCAACACUGGCAAGGCCAUGGCCUACGUCAAGGACAAGAUCUUUAUCACAACACGUGGUGCAAGGGAAAAUGUCCCCCGUGUCAUGGUUCUGAUCACAGAUGGAAAGUCAUCAGACUCUUUUAAGGAUGCAGCAACCAACCUGAGAAAUAAUGAUGUGGAGAUCUUCGCCGUUGGUGUGAAAGAUGCAGUGAGGUCAGAGCUGGAGGCCAUCGCGAAUCAGCCGUCAGAAACUCAUGUCUAUGAGGUGGAGGACUUUGAUGCCUUUCAGAGGAUUUCCAAAGAGCUUACCCAGUCCAUCUGUUUGAGGAUUGAACAGGAGCUGCUCAAGAUAAAAAAGAAGAGUCUACUUCCACCCGAAAACUUGGAAUUCUCUGAGAUUACCUCUCGCAGCUUCCGCACUACCUGGACUGCACCUGUUACCUACGUUUUGUCUUACCUGGUGCGUUUUCGUAAGGCUGACGAUGUCACCGGGGACUAUAUUACUCUGGCAGUUCCCAGUGAUACCCCCACAGCUGUUCUGCCACAUCUUUCCCCCCUCACUACAUAUGAGGUCAACGUCUUUGCGCAGUAUGAAAAAGGAGACAGUUUUCCUUUGACCGGUGAAGAAACCACACUUGAAGAGAAAGGGAGAGUACGGAAGCUACAAGUUACAGAGGAGACUAUCAACAGUUUCAGGGUAUCUUGGAAAGCUGCCCCAGGAUCAGUUCUCAGAUAUCACUUGUCUUAUGUCCCAUUGAGUGGUGCUGGGGAAAUAUUGGAAGCACAAACCAUUGGAGAUGAGACUACCAUUGUACUACAGGAGCUUUUCCCCAUCACCACCUACCGUGUGUCUGUGUCUGCUGAGUACAUCACAGGCAUGGGGGAUGAGAUGCAAGUGGAUGGUACAACUAAAGAAGUAAUUGGUUCUCCGCGUAACCUUCGGGUGUUCAAUGAAACCAUCAGUACCAUGAGACUAACAUGGGAGGCUGCUCCAGGAAAUGUCCUCCAAUACAUCAUUGCCUUUAAACCUGCUGAGGCAGGUGAGAGGAGGGAGGUCACCAUCAGGGGAGAUACAACCGAGGCUUUGCUUGAGAACCUCCAUCCAGAUACUGAAUAUGAGCUGUUUGUCAGCGCGCGCUAUACUUCUGCUUUGGGUGAUCCUCUUCUGGGUACAGGAACAACAUUAGAAGAACUUGGUUCACCCAGAGACCUGGUGACCAAAGACCCCACAGACACCACUUUUGUUGUGUCUUGGGUUCCGGCCCCGGGUAAAGUCCGUCAGUACCGGAUCACCUGGCAGUCUUUGUUCACUGAGGAGUCCGGAGAAAAGGCAAUUCCAGGAGAACUCACAUCCACUAUUCUGGAUGGUCUCACCCCAGAGACACGUUAUCAGGUGUCUGUGUAUGCUGUUUAUGGUCAUGGCGAAGGUCAGCCCUUGGCUGGAGAGGAAACCACCGAUAUCUCGGCUGCUGGCAGAGUGAUCGCUGUCUCCGAGGAGACGGAGAAGAGCAUGAAGGUGACAUGGCAGCCGGCACCUGGAAAUGUGGUCAACUACCGUGUUACUUAUAAACCACAGUCAGGAGGGCGCCAGCUGGCGGCCAAGGUGCCCGGUGGCAAUACCACCACCGUGCUGAGACGCCUAACUCCUCUCACCACUUAUGACAUCAUUGUUGUACCAGUAUACCGUUCCGGAGAGGGGAACGCAAGACAAGGCGCGGGAACAACAUUGACCCCCUAUAAAGCUCCCAGGAAUCUCCAGACUUCAGAGCCGACAAAGACCAGUUUCCGCGUAACAUGGGAUCCUGCGCCGGGUGAGGUGAAGGGGUACAAAGUCACUUUCCACCCUGCAGAGAAUGAUAUUGACCUGGGAGAGCUUAUAGUUGGCCCCUAUGACAACACUGUGGUACUGGAGGAGUUAAGAGCUGAUACCAAAUACACAGUGAAUGUGUUUGGCGUGUUUGAGGGAGGAGAAAGUAUGCCAUUGGCUGGACAGGAGAAAACCACACUCACAAGUGCACCUGAGCCACCUCCUUUUGAACUAGAAGAUGUGACGUGUAAGACAAGUGCGCAGGCAGACAUUGUGCUACUUGUCGAUGGCUCCUGGAGUAUCGGACGUCUCAACUUUAAGACAAUUCGUUCUUUCAUCGCUCGCAUGGUUGGAGUCUUCGACAUCAGCCCCAAAAGAGUCCAAAUUGGUCUUGCUCAGUACAGUGGAGAUCCGAAGACUGAAUGGCAUUUGAAUGCGCACCCAACCAGGGAAUCCCUCUUGGACGCUAUCUCUAACCUUCCUUACAAGGGCGGAAACACCUUGACUGGUCUGGCUUUGAACUACUUGCUCCAGAACAAUUUCAAAGAAAAUGUUGGCAUGCGACCCAACGCUCGCAAAAUUGGUGUGUUGAUCACUGAUGGCAAAUCCCAGGAUGAUGUCAUUGUCAACUCUCAGAGACUGCGUGAAGAGGGCAUUGAACUCUAUGCCAUCGGUGUAAAGAAUGCUGAUGAGAAUGAGCUGAGGUCCAUUGCUACAGAUCCGGAUGACAUUCACAUGUACAAUGUGGCCGACUUCUCCUUCCUGCUGGACAUUGUGGACAGGAUAACUGACAACCUUUGUAACAGUGUAAAGGGACCAGGAGGUGUGCCUGAUGCGCCGACUAAUCUGGUAACAUCUGAGGUGACUCACAGUACUUUCCGAGCCACAUGGAUUGCCCCUGAGGACCCAGUGGAAGAAUUCCGUGUGGAAUAUGUGUCUGAAUCAGGAAUCCCACAACAGGUGCUUGUGGACGGUACUCAGAACACAGUGGUACUCCAGCAGCUCAGCCCUCUGACUGAGUACCUGGUUAACGUCUACUCUGUGGUGGGAGAAGAGGUCAGCGAGCCACUGAAGGGCAUCGAGACCACAUUGGCCCUGCCUGGUGUGAGAAGGAUGGACAUCUUUGAUGAGCAGAUGACCACAAUGAGGGUGAGAUGGGAGCCGGUACCAGGUGCUACAGGCUACAUGCUGCUCUACAGCGCCAUUAAUGCCACGGAGCCUACAGUCGAGCAGGAGAUCAAAGUGGGUAGCGAUACAACUGAUGUCCAGCUGGUCAAAUUAUUCCCCAACACAGCCUACUCGCUCUCCCUCUUUGCCAUGCAUGGGGAGUCAGCCAGUCAGCCACUGACACAACAAGGAAUCACCUUGCCCCUGCCACCUGUGGGUGAACUAAGGGUCCAGGAUAUCACUCAUAGCACCAUGAGGCUCAUUUGGGAUGCUGCUCCCGGUCCUGUCCGCAAGUACCUCAUCACCUACAAGCCUGACGGUGGAGAAGCAAAGGAGCUGGAAGUGAGCGGAUCACGGACCAGUACACUACUAGACGACCUUAUGUCACAGACCGAAUAUACCCUGGCUGUUACUCCAAUCUAUGAUGAGGGUCCUGGCCAGACCAUGUUGGGUGAAGGAGUCACUGAUGUGGUUCCUCCCCCAAGGAACCUUAAAUUCUCAGAGAUUACCCAGACCAGCUUCAGAGCCACCUGGGAGCAUGGAGCUCCUGAUGUGGCUCUCUAUCGCAUUGGCUGGAACAAGAGGGGAGACAGCAACUUCCAAUAUGCCAUUCUGAACAAUGAUGAGACGACCCACGUCCUGGAGAACUUGGAGCCGGACACUCCGUAUGAUGUGUCAGUCACCGCCAUCUAUCCAGAUGAGUCUGAGAGCGAAGACCUGCUUGGCACUGAGAGGACAUUGCCCAGGAGAAGUGGUCCGUCCCCUCUUGCCCCUCCUACAGAACUGGUUGUGUUCAAUGAAACAAUCACAACCCUGAACGCCAAGUGGAAUCCUGCUCCAGGGCGCGUCCAGAACUACAGGAUCACCUAUGUUCCCACUUCUGGAGGCAGGACCCAGACUGCCCAAGUUGGAGGGAAGAAGACCACUUUCUUCAUGCCAAAGCUAACCCCUGACACUGAAUAUUCCAUCAGUGUGGUAGCGGUUUACCCCCGGGGAGUCAGCAGAGAGUUGAUUGGACUUGGCAGGACCAAGCCUCUGGGUGGUGUCAGGAACCUACAGGUCACUGACCCCACUACCAGCACCCUGAAUGUCCAAUGGGAGCCUGCUGAGGGCAACGUGCGACAGUACCGAAUCUUCUAUGAACCUGCAGCUGGAGGCCGAGAAGACAUGGUCCAAGUAUCAGGCAACACACACAACACCGUGCUGAAGGACCUUCAGUACGACACUGUCUACACUGUGACUGUGGUUCCUGUUUACUCUGUUGGAGAGGGAGAGCGCAUGUCAGAAAAUGGCAAAACACUGGAGCGUCAACCUGUCAGGAACAUCCAGGUAUUCAACCCCACAACCAACAGCCUCAACGUACUCUGGGAGCAUGCAACAGGCCCAGUUCUGCAGUACCGGGUGCUCUACGUUCCUGUUUCUGGUGCCAAGCCUGCUGAUUCGAUUUUGGUCCCAGGGACCUCCACCACAGCCUUCCUGCCCGAUCUGAUCCCAGACACUGAUUACAACGUUGCAGUCGUUGCCCUAUACAGUGACGGUGAAGGACCCACCAUCAGAGACAAUGGCAAAACACGUCCACGCAGCGGCCCCAGGAACAUGCGUGUGUACGACCCCACCACAUCUACUCUCGCCGUGAGCUGGGAACAUGCUGAUGGCCCAGUUAUGCAAUACCGCAUCAGCUAUGCCCAAACCACUGGAGACCCCAUUGAGGAAUAUAUUACAGUCGAAGGGAACAGAAACAAUGUGGUUCUGCAGAACCUGGAUUCAGACACCCCUUAUAACAUCAAAGUGACUGCCAUCUAUGAUGAAGGACCAGGAGGAGAGCUGGAAGGAGAUGGUCGCACAGCGGCCAUGCUUGGACCCAGGAACCUUCAAGUUUCUGAUGAAUGGUACACCCGCUUCAAGGUCUCCUGGGAUCCCGCUCCAUCAAGCGUUAUUGGAUACAAGCUUAUCUACCAGCCUGAUGGCUCUGACGAGUCCACAGAGGAGUUUGUCGGCGACGUCACUUCCCACCAACUGAAUAACCUGACACCUGGAACCACCUAUGACCUGAAAGUGCUGGCACAGUACAGCGCAGGUGACAGUGGACCUCUGAUUGGCCAGGGCACCACAUUGUACCUGAACGUGACAGACCUAACAACAUAUAAUGUGGGCUACGACACCUUCUGCAUCCGCUGGGCCCAACACAGAGCUGCAACGUCCUACAGGCUUAAAGUCCAACCUGUCAAUCCCUCUCAACUUGGAGCUCAGGAGAUCACAGUCAAAAGCUCUGAGAGUAGUCACUGCUUUGACGGCUUGACACCUGACACAGUCUACACUGCAACUGUGUACACGCAGACCCCCAGCAUGGAGGGACCUGGGGUCAGUGUCAGGGAGCGAACACUGGUUAAACCCACUGAAAUGCCAACCGAGCCACCGCCCCCUCCUCCACCAGCAACAGUUCCAUCGGCGUUGGAUGUCUGCAGAGGUGCCAAGGCAGAUCUGGUCUUCCUCAUUGAUGGCUCUUGGAGUAUCGGAGAUGAGAGCUUCAACAAGGUCAUCCAGUUUGUCACAAGCAUGACUGGUGCCUUUGAUGUCAUUAGCCCGAAAGGCAUGCAGGUUGCAUUUGUGCAGUACAGCGAUGAUGCUAAGACUGAGUUCAAGCUCAACACAUACCAUGACAAGGGUAUCGUUGUUUCAGCUUUGCAGAAUGUCCGCUACAGAGGAGGAAACACCAAGACAGGCAUUUCACUGAACCAUGUUUACGAUAAGGUGUUCACCUCUGACAGUGGAAUGAGGCGGAAUGUUCCCAAGGUUCUAGUGGUAGUCACAGAUGGACGCUCCCAGGAUGAUGUCAAGAAGAGCGCCCUACAGCUGCAGCAUGCUGGCUACAGUGUAUUUGUGGUUGGCGUGGCUGAUGUGGACAUGGUAGAGUUGAGAAACAUUGGCAGCAAACCCAGUGAAAGACACGUGUUUGUGGUAGAUGACUACGAUGCCUUCGCCAAGAUCCAGGACAACCUGAUCACAUUCGUUUGUGAAACAGCUACCUCCACUUGCCCUCUGAUCUACAUGAAUGGAUACACCACACCCGGAUUCAGGAUGCUUGAGGCUUUCAACAUCACAGACCGAACAUUUGCUGGUAUGAAUGGUGUGUCCAUGGAGCCGGGCUCAUUCAACAGCUACAUUGGCUACAGGCUGCAUAAGGAUGCCUUUUUAAACCAGCCCACCAAGGAGAUUCAUCCAGAAGGUCUGCCUCCAUCCUACACCAUCGUCCUCCUCUUCCGACUCCUACCCGAUACACCUUCAGAUCCUUUUGAUAUCUGGCAGAUUGCUGACAAAAACAACAAUCCGGAGGUCGGGAUCACCAUCAACCCUUCAAGCAAAACAAUCACAUUCUACAACAAGGACACCCGAGGAGACAUCCAGAGAGCCACAUUUAAUGAGGAGCAAGUUAAGCGCGUUUUCCAUGGCAGUUUCCAUAAGCUCCACAUCACCAUCUCUCCAGAGAAAGUCAAGCUUCACUUGGACUGCCUAGAGGUGGGGGAGAAGCCCAUCAAGGGGGCCAGCAACAUCACACUGGAGGGCUACGAAGUGCUCGGCAAAAUGGCUCGGUCUGGAAGGAGGCAGUCUGCAACAUUCCAGCUCCAGAUGUUCGAUAUUAUCUGCAGCUUGAGCUGGAUCAGCCGAGACAAAUGCUGCGACCUGCCUGCCACGCGAGUUGAGGCAAAAUGCCCGGCCCUUCCCCACUCCUGCACAUGCACACAGGAUAGCAUCGGCCCCCAGGGGCCACCCGGUCCUUCGGGUGGCCCAGGAUCUAAGGGCCCACGAGGAGAUCGAGGAGAUCCUGGCAAACCUGGUCCAGUGGGUCCACGUGGUGAGCCAGGACUUGUCGGUCCAAUGGGACCACCAGGUCCUCAAGGUCCUAACGGACUGUCUAUACCUGGAGCACCUGGUCAACCCGGACCAAAAGGAGAUCGUGGAGACUCCGGCCUAGCUGGUCUGCAAGGUCCUCCUGGACCGCGUGGUCCUCUGGGCUCUGUUGGACCAAGUGGCGCGCGGGGGCCACCAGGAAAGGAUGGACCAUCUGGACCCAGAGGCCCGUCAGGGCCGAUGGGAAAUCCUGGCACUCCAGGUGUACCAGGAGUUACAGGAAAACCAGGAAAACCAGGGAACGCAGGACACCCAGGGCCUGUUGGCCUUAAAGGAGAAAAGGGCGAGCGGGGAGACUUUGCAUCCCAAAACAUGAUGCGCUCCAUUGCAAGACAAGUUUGCGAACAGCUUGUGAACAGUCAAAUGAGCAGAAUUGACCAGAUGCUCAACCAGAUUCCUUCUGGCUACCGUAGCAACAAUCCAGGACCACCGGGCCCACCUGGCCCAAGCGGCAAUCCGGGAUCCCGUGGAGAGCCUGGACAAACCGGACGACCCGGCUUCCCAGGAGGUGCCGGUUUACCUGGAAGUCAAGGAGAAAGAGGUUUGCCAGGUGAGAAGGGAGAGAGAGGAUCUCCAGGCACUGGUAUCAGAGGACAAAGAGGUUCAACUGGACCACCAGGACCACAGGGAGAGUCGAGAACGGGACCCCCGGGUUCUACUGGCUCUUCCGGGCCUCGUGGGCCUCCAGGUCGUAAUGGUAAUCCCGGGGUGAGGGGACCACCAGGACCCCAAGGAUACUGCGACUCCUCUCAGUGUGUUGGCAUCCCUUACAACGGACAAGGAUAUCCAGCCAACAACUACCAGCCGGAACCGGAGGUAGCAUCUUUACCUGUGGAGCCCGCUGGAGCAAUUGAGACAAUACAAUCAUCCGGUUACACGCGAAACCAGCGAAGAAAGCGAUCGCUACCCAGAGGCGAUACAGAGACACUAGCGUCAUAGCUACCACAAGAGGUUCUUAGAGUGUAGUAUUUACAUAACUUUGAUGAUCCAUUUAUGUGAGGAUAAGUGCUAUUCAGAACAUAUGUAUAUAUGGGUUUGAUACCCAUAGUUAUUAUAGUGAACAUAUCUUGUUUUGACAUGAGAACUUAGCAAUACAAGGUCACUCAUCACACUUAGUGCUCCUUUAAUGUCUGCUUGUACUAUCUGACUUCAGUGUUGAAUGUGCUUAUCCUGUGAAAAAAUGCAGAAAGGAAGUCAACCACCAGCUGUUGUUUUAGUCAGAUUUUAUGUAAAGCUGUCGUACGGAUUAAAAAGGUCUUUAAUUUUAUCCCCUUAUAUAAAGGUUUGUUCUACCUUGUUUUGUACGGUCUAUAAAACCAAAUCAUAGUCUGACUUGUAAUGCACCAAAUGUUUUUCAACAAAUGUUUUUGUUUCUGUUACCAGAUGUGUAAUUUGCAUGUUUGUGUUGUAUAAUUUACUGAGAAUUAAGUCAGUGAGUGUAAAUCAGAAUAUAUUUGUGUUCUAUCAAUGCAGUUAGAUUUGGAUGCAAGACUAUGGGACAUAGAGUAGAAUUGCUGUUCUCAUGUUUUAACUGCACAUAUGUUGUGAAUUCCCCACAGCCUUAUUUUCUUAUUUAUUUCUGAAAAAAACAGAAGAGGCAUUUUUCAAUAAAACUACUGAAAAUGUU